AUGUCGGUCGCCUUCGGCUCCCCUCUGAGCGGCAGGAAGCGCCUCUUCGAGGAUCGCGGGCCCGGCGCGGAGGAUCGGGCCUGCCUUGGUCAAGGCCCAGGACUCGGCUGCUUCAAGCGCGCCAGGCGGCCACAGCCGCUGCCGUGCCGCCCCGAGGAGGCCCUGCUGGGGGGCCCGGGCGCCGGCGGGCCGUGUGCCAGGCAGAGCGCAGCCCUGAGGCUGGGGGGAAUGUUCCCGGAUGUGGAUGAGAAGAUUAUCGAACAAGUGCUGGACAACAAUGGGGACAACAUUGAGGCUGCCAUCGCUGAACUCCACCAACUGAGGCUGUCCAGCUUGAAUCCUGUGGAGCAACAAGCAGUUGCUCAUCAUCAACACUUGCCUGGAUCAAGCAUCAGUGGUGGCGCAGAAUGUGGCCAAUCAAGGGGGUGCAGCGAUCGCCUGUCACCAGCAUGGCUUGAUCCAUUCUUGAAGCAGUUCUACGAGUCCAGGCAGCCUUCGGAGGCACGGGCUCGGGUGGCAAAGCUAUUGGAAGCUUUCGAAGCUGCAGUCAUGUCCAAGUGUGCAAGCGAGUCAGAGGAGCUAGCUACACUGAAGGCGGAGUUUGAGAAAGCGAAGAAGGACAACGCUAUCCUGUGCAAGGCUGUCAACGUCCAGCACUCGCGUCUUCAGGAGCUGGGCUCCAAGGACCAGGAGAUCCAGAGGAUGCGUGAGCUGCUGGCACAGUACCAAGACAAGCUGAGGACCCUUGAGCUCAGCAACUAUUCGCUGACGAUGCACCUGCAGCGUGCCACUGGGCCCCCCUUUGGCCCGGGCAGCGGUGGCCCACCAGACGUGUUCUGA